UCAAAGCCUCUUCUGACCACUUAUGGGCUCUGCGCACUUGUCAAACCAAAGGAACUUCCUGAGGCAUGCAAGGUCGUGGUAACUGUUUACGGGUCUCAGUCCCUUCAUGAUUGAGGCGACAGCAUCAAGGGAUUCGAGGUUGUGCAAGUCCACGCUCAGGCAUGGUACCGGGUGCACACUCUGCUUUUCGGCCUUGGCUCUUCCGCUUCUUCUUUGAGGCUCGCUAUUGCCUUGAUCAUUUUUCAACCGUGGCGCCGCCAUACCAUCUGCCAUAUGUCGGCGGUCUGCGCUCGACGGACGCUUGUUCGUCCGAUUUGUCAGCAGCAUUUGACGACCACAAAGAUGAGGCUGGCGUGACGCGCAUGGUUGUCCAUUUCGCAGGCGACAUUGGCUUCCGGCUUCUGAAGCACCUGACAACUGAAGCAGAGAAGUCUUGCGACGUGAUUGCCAAGGUCCACCCGUUUGCCGUCAACCUUCCAUGCGCACUCUGUUGCCAGCCAGAGAACAAUCCCACCGCCGUUCUUGCCGGGCUUGUACCCGCACUAUCUGGCUUGCUGGGCACUGUCUCUUGGUUUGCUCUCCUUAUGGGCAGCACUUUGCCCGGUGCGCGCUGGCGGGCUUCCAUGCUGGCUCACGACGCCAAGGAUGGGACUCUCGACGAUGCACUCGCACCGCUCGCGUUGGACGCCGCUCCGUCCGUGCCUUCCGAGGAGGCGACCUCGCUCUCAUUUCUAUGUGACAGCAAAGAAGUGACGAGGAAGGCGCUUGGAGUGACGAGUAAAGCCUCAGACAGGGCCAUCCUGACUGGCAUGCAACGGCUUGCUUAUGGCGCCGGUAGACAUAUUGAGCGGUGUGCUGGAUUCGGGUGGCAUUGCAUCUGCUGCUAGGCACAACUCCGCAGUAGUCGCACUGCGCAUCGCGAAGCUGCUCUCUUUGAACCUCGGCCCGCUCCUAGACCCAUUCAUCGGUGCCUUUGAUCUCUUGGCAAGCGACAUCCAGACUCUACUGCGCGGCCUAUACUUGGACGUUUCUCUCCCCAUCAUGCCCUUCUUGAUGUUCAGCAAGCAUGGC